AUGAACGAUUUAAAGGAGAUAAAUGAAGAAUUUUUCAAGCCCUACAGAACUGUAAUGGAAUACAUUGCUCUUCUUAUAUUUAUUCAACUCUUAAGAAGAAAAGACUACAUUAAAGCUUUCGUUUUUGAAAUGGAAAAAGAAUGGCGGACGGAUGAGAGUCUUUCACCAGAACUCGUCGUCAUGAAGAAAAAACUUUUAAAAGAAACUUAUCUGUAUAAUUACAGUGAGUCUAUGAUUGUCGCCUAUGAAAUGCAGUGCAGUCAAUACAUUAUAACAAUAUCCAUGAGCUAUUUACGAAUCCUAUUUUUAAUUAUUCAAGUGGAGUUUAAGGAAAUUAUCGCCUUGAAAUAUAAUGAAGAUAAGGACAAAUUAUUUAAAGAGGCAAUAAGUAGACAUUCAAGGCUAUUAGAUUUACUUGCAAAUGUGAGCACUACUUUUGGAUGUCUAUUCGCUAUUAACUAUAUAUUUUUAUCAUCUACAAUUUGUUUCUGUAUACUAUCAGCGUGCGUAAACGGAAGUUUAGAAGAUUUAAAAAUACUCAGCAUUUCGUUACUAGUAAUCAUAAAUGUAUUUUAUUGUUGUAAAAGCGGCGAAAAUUUGGUGAAUGCGGCUUCUGAAGUUUCUACAGCUAUCUACGACACACCAUGGUGUGAGUGCUCAUAUCAACAUAUGAGGGAUAUACUUUUCAUUUUGAUGAGAUCACAACGCGUAGCAUACGUGACCUCCACCAGCUUUAUAAAGAUAUCGUUGAAGACAUUUAUACGGAUAAUGAACAUGAGUUGGUCCUUUAUCUCACUCAUUACAACGGUAUACGACAAAAACUAG